GGCCUCGCUCUCUGACUGUUCUGUCUUUGCAGAGAUGACCCUGCCAGGGGAGGAGCACACUCAAAGAUAACAGUGAACCCGAUGAAAGUGAUAGUUUUGCCAAGGUCAGGCCCCCCUCAUCAUCAGUAUGAACUGUAACUUCCAGAUCCUGGAAGAGUUCUACAGUUUUGGCAAAUCCAUCUGUGAGUACUUUGGGCGGGGACCCAAGCAGCUAUACUCAAGGAAGCCAGUCCGUCUGGGCUACAAGAUUUGCUGUGGGACGACCAGCAGAGGCUACCUGGUGUGGUUUCAACCUUCACAGGGCACUCUGUUCACCAAGCCCGACAGAGGCUUGGAUGUAGGGGCCAGUAUGGUGGUCAGGUUUGUGGAUGCACUUCAGGAAUGUGGCUGCCUGCCAUGUCACAUAUUCCUUGAUAAGGUCUUUACAAGUGUCAAACCGAUGUCCAUUUUGAGGGAAAAGGGGGUGAAAGCCACAGGAACUGUUUGUGAGUACAGGACUGAGUGCUGUCCCCUCAAGGAUGCCAAAGAAUUGAGGAAAAUGAGAAAGGGCUCUUUUGACUACAGGGUGGAUGAAAGCCAGGAGAUCAUUGUGUGCCGCUGGAGCAACAGCCACGUGGUAAACAUCUGCUCCAAUGCGGUGAGCAUAGAGCCAGUCACACCCAGCCACAACCUGGGAGCAGCCAAAGCUCAGACACAGGUCCACCAACCAUCCCUGGUGAAGCUUGAUCAGGAAAAGGCCAGAGGGGUUGGCCGAAUGGACCAGAAUAUCGCCAAGUAUAAGGUGAAGAUCCGGGGCAUGAAGAGGUACCUGAGCUUCAUCGGCUACAUCAUCGACGCAGCCCUCAACAAUGCGUGGCAGCUGCAUAGGGUGUGCUGCCAGGACGGGCACGUGGACCUACAUUCCUUCCGCAGCUACGUGGCCCGCGUGUAUCUGGAGAGCAAUGAGGACACAUCCUCACCCGGGAGGCGGAGCCCGUGGGUGGAAACUGAGAGCCGCUUCAAUAUGAUUGGACACUGGAUUGUCCAUUAAGACAAAAGGACCCAGUGUGCCCUCUGCCACUCACAGACCAACACCUGCUGUGAAAAGUGCCAGAAGGGUGUCCAUGCCAAGUGCUUCCAAGAGUACCACAUUCCGUGAGGCCUGAGACCUGCUUCUUCCAGCUACAGUGACAUCACCAGGAACACUUGUGGGUUUUCUAUGUAGCAUUUUUGACACCCAUUACUAAUGUCUUGGUUUUAUAUUCUCUCCCAGGCCCCAUCACAGUUCUCUUUUAAAUUUUGUAUUCUAUUAUGCCUAUGUGUCAUGUAAAGUUGUAUUUAUGUUAGUA